AUGUCUGUGGCUGCAGACAGUAGGUGUACGAAUCCCACUGUACGAAAAGAGUUUCGUGAGCUAAGCGAAAAUGAGCGACAAGCCUAUAUCAGUGCAGUAGUUUGUUUGCACAAUUCUCCAAGUAAAAUUGCUGGUGUUGGAUCGACGUCACGGUUUGAUGAUGUAGCCAGAACACAUUUGAUGGUUUUGGGAGCUGCCCAUGCAUCUGCUACUUUUUUGCCAUGGCAUCGCGCUCUUAUCCACGCUUAUACUGUUGUAAUGAAAGAGGACUGUGGCUACACUGGCCCCAUGGUUUACUGGGAUUGGUCUGUGGAUUCUCAGGCACUUGAGCAGUCUCCACUCUGGAGUCCUUCCUACUUUGGUGGUGACGGCGAUCCCAAAAACUCUUAUUGCAUCAGCACUGGCCAGUUUGUCAAUAUCACGACGACUUUUUCUAGAAAGUCGUGCAUCACUCGCAGACUAGGCGGGCUAGACAAUCUCGGCAGUUCAUUCAGUCCUGAACUUAUCCGAUUGAUCAUUACCACUAACAAAUCCUUUCCAAAUAUGCACGGAAAUAUUGAAUGGGGACCCCAUGCCAAUAUCCAUGAAGGCAUUGGAGGUACCAUGGCAGAUGUCAGUCUGAGUGCAAAUGAUCCUAUUUUUAUGCUACAUCACUGCAAUGUUGAUCGACUGUGGUGGAUGUGGCAGCAGUAUAACCCAAAUACUGCACUAACAUAUAGUGGAACACUUUCGAAUGGAAGUAUAGCUUCUGUAACUCAAAUAAUGGAUAUGUUUAAUCUCUUGAAUGUGACUUGGACUGUGGAGGAUGUGCUAAACAGUACCAAAGGCAGUCCACUUUGCUACGUGUAUAGCAAUUCAAUUGCUGGAGGUGUAGAUGUACAAAGUGUAUCUAUCGCACCAUUGCCUACAAGUGUAUCCACCACACCACUGCCCACAAGUGUAUCCACCACACCACUGCCUACAAGUGUACUCGCCUCAACCACCACUUUACCCAUUUCCUCCAAUGUGAUCAUUUCUACCCCUCCUGUGAUUUUGACUUCUACGUAUUCUGUUCCGGUCGUGCCGGUCUCAACCACGUAUACCAGUCCUUCGUUAGCGUCUAAAACUAAUGACCCAAAUGCCAAGGGGGCUGUUAAAAACUCUGCUUGGGAGAUCAACCACGAAAGCUUGAUGAUUGCAGCAUUAGUGCCAUUAGCACACUUUUGGCUAUAG